AUGUCUGAAAAUCCAUCAAGAGUUGGGCCAUCUAGUGCUCUUGCCCCGUCGAAAAUUGUGACCAAACAUCACGGCACCGAUAUACUAAAAAAAUCUCAGCGCAAGAAAAGAUUUCUCUUCUCGUUUCCGGGCCUUCUUGGUCCGAUUUCCGGUGGGAAAAUCGGCGAGCUUAAAGACCUUGGCACGCGAAACCCUAUUCUGUAUCUUGAUUUCCCCCAGGGUCAAUUGAAGCUUUUUGGGACCAUUAUCUAUCCGAAAAAUAGGUAUUUGACUCUGCAGUUUUCCAGAGGUGGGAAGAGUGUGAUGUGUGAGGAUUACUUCGACAAUAUGAUAGUAUUUUCUGAUGCGUGGUGGAUUGGAAAGAAAGAUGAGAAUCCAGAAGAAUUACGUCUGGAAUUUCCGAAGGAUCUGAAUUUGGAACAACAUGCAGAGUAUGAUUUCAAGGGUGGUGCAGGUGCACCUUGUGAUGGAAGACGAGGUUUUAUAAAAUCUGCAAUGAAAUGUGUGAAACAAGAUUCGCCAAAAGAUUCACUGGAGGAUGAUUUAACUGAUAGUCAAAAUAAUGGAAAAGAAUCAAUUGAAGUAACUCCUACUCGGCAUUCAGCUAGGACUGCAGGGAAAACUUUCAAGUUUGCAGAAGCAUCUUCUGGGGAUGAUUUUAUUGGAACGGAUGCUGAAACCUUUGAAGAAGAGGAUGAGGAAGUCGGCGUCGUACAGAAAACAGGAAUAAAAACUGAACGUAGAUGCCCUGUAGUCUUCGACAUUGACAAUGUGGAUGCCACAGAGCCCAUUCCAGCUUCAGAUCACGUUAAACGAACUGUCAAAUCUAAAGAUCUCUCUCACAACACUCACGUUUCUCUUGUUCAAACAACUGUAUCUACAUUGUUUAAGAAGGUGGAGGAGAAGAAGGCAAAUAAGGAUGUGAAACAGAAGAAGGAUAAUGUCAAGGUUUCCAAGUUCUUGAAACGGGGGAAGAAAAUUGAGGAAAGAGAUGCUGGUGCAGAAACUAUGACAUUGAAGAAACAACCUGAGGUCGAAGAUGAUGACAUUGAAGAGUUCUCUAGCCCAUCUCAGGAUAUGUAUGCAAGUGAUGAAGAUUGGACUGCUUGA